CUGUCCCCAAAUCUUUAUUAAUUACUUCCCCAUAACCCCCCCUUCUCUCCUUCCUCCUCUUUUCAUUCCCUUCCUCUCGAUCUCGUUUCUCUCCAGGCUCCGGCGGCAGCGGUGUGCAGCAGCCCGUCUCCCUCUCCUCCAGCCCUUUGCAUGUGAUCAUGCACGGGCUGAGAAGGUAAAGGGUGCGGUGCUACUGCUCAUAUGGGCUCUUGGCAGCAAGGAGAGCUGCAGGGAGCAGCCAUGGAUGGUGCAGCGGCGGCGGCGGCGGCAACCGGUAGCGGCGGUGGCGGCCACCGCCGCAUGGACUCAAGGAUCGAGGAGCACGGGAAGUACCUGUCGGAGUCGAGCUGCUGCUCACAGUGCGGCCACAAGACCGAGCGGAAGCUGGACUGGGUGGGGCUGCCGGCGGGGGUCAAGUUCGACCCGACGGAUCAGGAGCUGAUUGAGCACCUGCAGGCCAAGGUCCGGGCUGCUUCUGCGGCGGCGCCGUCGCACCCUCUGAUCGAUGAGUUCAUACCCACCAUUGAGGGGGAGGACGGCAUAUGCUACACCCAUCCUGAGAGACUGCCAGGUUUGACAAAGGACGGCCGGAGCAGGCACUUUUUCCACCGGCCGUCCAAGGCUUACACCACCGGCACUCGCAAGCGCCGUAAGAUUCAGCCGCGGGCCGCGGAGUCCUCGUCGUCCUCCGCCCUGCCCGCGCAGCAGCAGCAACAGCAGCAGCGGAGCGAGACGCGGUGGCACAAGACCGGCAAGACGCGGCCGGUGGUGGUCGCCGGCCAGCAGCGUGGGUGCAAGAAGAUCCUGGUGCUCUACACCAACUUCGGCAAGCACCGCAAGCCCGAUAAGACCAACUGGGUGAUGCACCAGUACCACCUGGGCGACAAAGAGGAGGAGCGCGAGGGCGAGCUCGUCGUGUCCAAGAUCUUCUACCAGACGCAGCCCAGGCAGUGUGGCGUCGCGGCGGAGCCUGCCGUCGCCGCCGCCGCCUCCUCUGACACAGUGGAGGAGGCUGCUGCUGAUCCACCUUUGCCGCCGGAUGGCAUGGUAGUACCACCGCCAGAUGUCGCCGGUGCCUUCCACGGCGCCGCUGGCAUUGAUGAGUUCAACUUUGCGCAGUUCAGGAGCAGCUUCGAGGAGGUGGACGUGGGAGCAUCAUCAGUUCAGAUUUCGGUGAGGGAUGAUGAGGAAGUGCAUGCUGGGCAUCCUAACCUUCACCAGGAGCAUAAUCUUCACCAGCAUCAAUUUGGCAACCAGGAGCAACGACAGCGCAUGGCUGCAGCUGCUGCAGCAUUCCACAUCAACACACCAACGGAGCCUAUCACCACGAUGAUCACCUCAUCGACGGUGGUUCACCAUGGUUCUGCCGUACUUCAACAUCCAGAUGCAUAUGGACAUGGCACGACUUAUCGUCGUCAUCAGCAGGAUGAUGAGCAGCUACACCAACAACCUCAAAGUUUUGAUGGACGGUCAACUGCUGGGCUUGAAGCGGUGAUCAUGGGAUGUACUUCAUCAAGGAGGUCCAAAAGAGGGGAAGCAUCUGGUUCAGGUGGUAACAAGGAGAGCACUGGAUGGCCGUACCAAUCCUUCUGGCCAUCUGACAGUCAGGAUCAUCAUGGGUAGAAGAGCAGCAAACAUCCCUGCCACCACCUUGAGUUGCAUGCAGUGCGGCCAACCUUGGAGAGGCAACCAAAAGCAAACCGGAGAUCCUGACAUCAUCAUUACUACCAUGAUAUGAUCAUCAUAUAUAAACCUAAUAAACCGCCGUACCAUAUAUAUAGGCUUACAAUACUUUAGCAUGACUGGCUUCCAAGAAGCAAACAAAAGGCAAAGUUAUAUCGUCAGAACAAAAUACAAACCCAGCUUUUUUUGCCCCUCUCUCCCUCUCUCUCUCUCUCAUGCUUCUUUCUCUUCAACCAAUGCGUAUGGAUAGCGUACGGGAUGGAAGCUUCAUUUGAGUGCUCAAAUUUACAUGCAUGUCUCUAAAGAGACAAAGAUGAUAUUGGAGGCUAGCAAAAGCAAAAGGGAGAGAAUCAGGAAAAGGAAAGCAAGGGGACAUAAAACAAAGGUGACGUCACAUGAGAACGGUCAGUUAACCGUCGGUUGUGCACAGUGGUCGAUGCAAAAUCAUCACCACAAUCAUGGUUUCAUCCUGGCCUUUCCUUUUCCCCCCUUAAAAAAAUAUUGUUACUAUAGUUUAAUACUCCGAAGUCAGAAUACAUACCUUUAUACAUUUAUGCAUUGCUUUCUUGUUGUAGUUUGUGUGCACUGAUGAGUUGCGUAAACCAUUUUCUUUUUCUUUUCUUUUUUAUGCCAUUUUUUUUAUAGAUGUCCAUGAAACCCAAGGCUUGACAGUCCGGCAUGAAGCCUGUUUUUUUUUGGCCCCACACAAGCAUGGUCUGGCUUGAAGGAGGAGGCCGUGCUUGGACCUUACCCUAGGCACGACUUGCUUGGCAUGGGCCCAUGUCGUGUCGUACCACGUCGUGCAGUGCUGGACGGCCUAGAUGGACAUCUAUAUUAGUAUACUAAGCAAGAGCAACUUGAGGGGCUACAUGCCUUUGGGAAAAUAUACAAAAAUCUUAAGGUCCAAUUGUAAAGCAGCUUAUGAUGUCAUGGGAUUUGAUACCUGUCACACCCAUAUUUUAAGAACAAAAUAGGAUGCAUAAAAGACUCAUAUGUGUCCCAGAAACAAUCUGUCGGUGUUUUAUCCCCCGGGGGGUCACACCAACGAGUGAAUUUGUAUGCGUGCUCCCCUUUUCCGGA